CCAAAAACGACGUGCAAAUAACUAAACAUUUCCCAAAAUUUGCCUUAGUAUCGGGUUUCGAUACGAGUAUUUGUUUUUUCGGUACCUACUCGGUACUUGGUUCAAAAAUAUCGAUGCCAAAAUUACUUAGUAUCGAACGAAAAGUAUCGAGUAUGUACUUGUAUUUACUCGUAUCGUUUCAUUCCUGUCUGUAAUGUCUAGAAAUUUUUUACGAAAAAUAUUCCAGCGAAAAUAAAUAGUAAACCAGUUGAUUGUCAAUUUAAUCUACCCGAAACUAAUAAGGGAAAACCAUUAUGAAGCUACAAUUUAAGUUUUUUGGAGAAGGAUCUUAUGCUAUAAACUGAAGGAAAAGCUAUUUAACCUCGUAUUGAAGUGAAAAUAAGGUGUUCAAACAUGCAGUGCCGUGCCUGUAUGCAAAUGGACUGCGUCGGGGGUGUGGAAAUGAGUAGUGCCGUAUCGGCAGAUGGGAAAACAUUGUACGAUUACUUUAACGAUUGUACACAGCUCCAUGCAACAUCCACUGACAAUCUUCCACAACUAUUAUGCUUAAAUUGCACACAAAUUGUGCGUUCAGCCUAUAAUUUCAAGGAAAUCGCUCGUCGCUCUGAUGAAGAACUGAGGAACAUUUUAGUUUUUCCAAAAACUGAGCCUGAAAUGAUUUAUGCCAACACUGAGCAACCGCAAUCAAAAUGCUUUCAUUAGGAUGCUGUGGAAUGCACAAAUGAUCCCUUAGCUACGAUACAACCAAGCCCUGUUGCUAUUGAAUCGUUA